CGCUCGGCUUCCUGCUCCGUCGCCGGCGGGCGGGCCGGGGCUGCGUGCGCGGCGCGGCCGCUGAGGGGACGCGGGGACGUUGCGCGACGUGCCGGUGGCCGCACAGCCCAGGUGGCUGUUUUUAAUGCAGUGUUGUCAAUAGCUGACUGAAGAACAAACAUGAGAAUAGCAGGUGCUGCAAAGUUGGUAGUAGUUGUAGCGAUAUUUUUGUUGACGUUCUAUGUCAUAUCUCAAGUGUUUGAAAUAAAAAUGGAUGCGAACUUAGGACACAUAUUUGCCAGAUCAGCCCUGGAUGCAGCUGCACGCUCUACAAAACCUCCGAGAUACAAAUGUGGGAUCUCUAAAGCUUGUCCUGAAAAGCAUUUUGCGUUUAAGAUGGCAAGUGGAGCAGCGAAUGUAGUUGGACCUAAAAUUUGUGUAGAAGAUAAUGUUUUAAUGAGUGGAGUUAAAAAUAACGUUGGCAGAGGAAUAAAUGUGGCCUUGGUCAAUGGUAAAACAGGAGAAACAUUAGACACUAAAUUCUUUGACAUGUGGGGAGGAGAUGUGGCACCAUUUAUUGAAUUUCUGAAGUCCAUCCCAGACGGAACGAUAGUGUUCAUGGGAACAUACGAUGAUGGUGCAACCAAGCUUAAUGAAGAAGCACGGAAACUGAUUGCUGACCUGGGGAGCACAUCUAUUACGAACCUUGGCUUUAGAGACAACUGGGUCUUCUGCGGUGGAAAAGGAAUUAAGACUAAAAGUCCAUUUGAACAGCACAUAAAGAACAACAAGGACACAAACAAGUAUGAAGGCUGGCCAGAAGUUGUUGAGAUGGAAGGCUGUAUCCCUCAGAAGCAAGACUAAAUUCCAACAAAAGCAAAGGAGAAAGAACAUGGAAGAAAAUGCACUUUCUGCUAUUAUUAGAGAGAGGGCUAUGAAGGAGACUGUACUGUAAAUAAUAUUUUUAAAGCAUGCAACCAUCUUGUCGGUGUGUGCAUGAGCACUGACAUUUUGAAUAUUGGGAUUAUUUAUUGCUAACACACAUAGAAAUCCUUUUUGUAAAUAUGUCCAAAAUAUGAGAAACAUCAAAUCAUUUCUAUGCAGAUUUCUUUAAAAGCACAGUAUUUAGUUUGCCUGUGGUAAAUAAUAUCUUGUCAACUGGCUAAUAAAUUGCAUAUGUGGAUAAUAAACAGAUCCUGACAAAUGUUUUACUGUUCUCUUAACAGUGUAAAGUUGCUGUGAGUAUGUAACCAUUGUGGAAUAUUGUAGAUUUUAGUGAUAAGUUAAUAAAGAGCUUUAUUUUUUUUUUUUUUUUUAUCCUCUGCCUUUUUAAUGGCAGCAUCACUUUUUAUUAAAGCUAUUUGGUUAUUCUAAUACCAGCUGCUCCAAAAAUUUAUUUUGUUAUCCCCCAUCAAAACUGAAUAAUCAACAAAGGAAGAACACAUGAUAGUGUGACACAGAUAUGCCAUGAGAAGCACAAUAUAAAUUAUUUUUGUUAGGGGAAGAAUGAAAGUAAAUAUAUAGUGUGCUUGAUAUUUAAAAGCGGCGUGGAAGGAUUUGUACUUAACUUGAAAAAAAUGUUUACUUUGUAGAAGAGACUCGGCAUGUUAAGCAGCAGUACUGUGACUGACUUGUUGAGCUUUUAUUGCAAUUUUUGUACUGCUGCUUAGCCAUUGAUUGUGCCUGUGGCUGUUCAGCUAUAGGGGCCAGACACACAGUGAAUGUGCUUAAUGGAAUAGCUUCCUCUUUUAGUUCUAACAGCAGGAAUACGUUUCUCACCCCAGAGAGCCUGUUGGAAAGCAGGCUGCCUUCUGGGGAGAGUUGUUCCAGGACACAACUGUGCACCUUUACAACCUGCGUUACAUCCAGUGUGAGCUGAGGCAAUUUGUUCUUGCAGGGAGAUGUUAGAGGAAGUGUUGUGUCUUGGGUUAUGCAACGUGUGACAUCUAAACUUCACUGACAAUGUUUCCUUCAUCGUUUUUUCUUACUGGAAGACAAUGGACCAAGUUGAAGUGGCCUUAUAUUUUAGCUUGUAUCAGAGCUGUCAGAACACAUUGCUUUCUUUGGAAACUUCUGUUUCUUUUAAGUAGGGCCAGCUUGAACUUCUGCUGAAACUAAGUUAGUAUGAAGGAACUGAUGGUGGUUGUAUUCACAAAAUAGGGGCUGACACAGAGCUGGGUAUAAUCUCUUGGAGCUUUUUGUCAGGAGCUCUGGUAUAAUCUUCAAAAACUUCCAGCUCCUACUGCUGAGCAAAAGCCACAAAGGAUUUUUUCAGGAACCCACAGUGUGAGGUGGACACAGUGACGCUCUAAAUGCCAUUAUUGUUGUCUUCUGAGGCAAAUUUAACUGUGCACUAAAACUUUCAAGCAAUAUUGGGAAUUACUUUGUAAGUCAGAUAACCUGUGAUACCAGAGUAAGACUGGAUUCUGAGUUGUUCUGUAUGUUUAAUUAGCUUGUUAAAUAAUGUGGUUUUUCCUCAAGUUUAAUGUAGAACAGCAAUAAAUGCACCUUAUACAGUGAAA